AUGGCUUUCGAGAAGAUCAAGGUGGCCAAUCCCAUCGUCGAGAUGGACGGAGAUGAGAUGACAAGGGUCAUCUGGAAAUUCAUUAAAGACAAGUUGAUUUUCCCUUUCUUGGAGUUGGAUAUUAAGUACUUUGACCUCGGCCUUCCCCAUCGUGAUGCCACGGAUGAUAAAGUUACUGUUGAGAGUGCUGAAGCUACUCUGAAGUACAAUGUGGCGAUUAAGUGUGCCACAAUCACUCCAGAUGAAGCACGUGUGAAGGAGUUCAACUUGAAGAGCAUGUGGAAGAGUCCGAAUGGUACAAUUAGGAACAUUUUGAACGGCACGGUCUUCAGGGAACCAAUUAUGUGCAAAAAUGUUCCUCGACUUGUACCGGGAUGGACUAAGCCAAUUUGCAUUGGAAGGCAUGCUUUUGGAGAUCAAUACCGAGCAACUGAUACAGUAAUCAAGGGCGCUGGACAGCUCAAAUUGGUGUUUGUUCCAGAAGGGAAGGAUGAAAAGACAGAAUUAGAGGUCUUCAAUUUUACUGGUGCUGGUGGGGUCGCUUUGUCAAUGUACAACACAGAUGAGUCCAUUCGUGCUUUUGCUGAGGCUUCAAUGAACACGGCAUACCAGAAAAAAUGGCCGUUGUAUCUUAGCACAAAGAAUACAAUCCUCAAGAAGUAUGAUGGCAGAUUCAAGGAUAUAUUCCAAGAAGUUUAUGAAUCAAACUGGAAAUCGAAGUUCGAGGAAGCAGGAAUCUGGUAUGAGCACCGUCUCAUUGACGAUAUGGUUGCUUACGCUCUAAAGAGCGAAGGAGGUUACGUAUGGGCUUGCAAGAAUUAUGAUGGAGACGUGCAGAGUGAUUUCCUGGCACAAGGAUUUGGAUCUCUUGGGCUGAUGACCUCUGUCCUGGUAUGCCCCGAUGGGAAGACAAUCGAGGCUGAAGCAGCCCAUGGAACUGUCACUCGCCACUAUAGGGUUCAUCAAAAAGGUGGUGAAACCAGCACGAAUAGCAUUGCCUCAAUUUUCGCUUGGACUCGUGGGCUUGCUCACAGGGCUAAGUUGGACGACAAUGCAAAACUGUUGGACUUCACGGAGAAGCUUGAAGCUGCUUGUAUUGGUGUCGUGGAAUCUGGGAAGAUGACUAAGGAUCUUGCUCUCAUCAUCUAUGGAUCCAAGUUAAGCAGAGACAAGUAUCUUAACACUGAAGAGUUCAUUGAUGCAGUUGCUGCUGAUCUGAAAGCUAGACUUACCGCUUGA